CCAUAAUAUGACUUGGUCUUCAAAUAAAGUUUUUAAAUAUUUUGAAUAUUUUAGAAAUCCCUGUUACAUUUUUCAUAAUCCCAAGUUAUUCUUUCAAUAAAUAAUAUACUUUGAAAUGCUCAUAUUUCAUCUAUUAUGUGUUGAUCUACUCAGGUCUUUUUAGUUCAAAGGCUCACUCGUCUAUUUUAAGUAGGUGUAUACGGUGGUAAUGUUGAUCUAACAAUAAAGUGGAGAGUAUUUCUUAAAAGUAUUUCAAUGACGAAGUGAAUACGUAAUUCAAUAGAGUAACAGCAUUAGAAAGUUCACCUAGUGAUAUUAGAAGCAUUCUAUUUAUAGUGCUUGAAUGUGUCUUAAGUUAAAGUCACAAUCGUAACAUUCAAGUACUACAAUCAUAAGGUAAUCUUGGCAAAGAGUGCGUCUUUCUAACCACUAAAUAUUUUACAAUUCUCCAUAUAGGAGGUGUUAAUAGGUGAGAAGAUAUCUCUGCUUUUAGGUGUAGAAAGCACCAUAGGGUACAUAAACUGACCUGCAAAAGCCCACAAAUUUCUGUGCCUGAGCUUAAAAUCAUUUGACCUGUUUAAUUGCCAGUCCAUACAAAUUGGCAUACAUAAUCAGUAAGUAAAUGGGUUGACAAAAAAAGAGCUAAUCUUGGAAGUUCGCAAAUUAAUUCGUAAAAAAUGAAAAGAAUAAUUUUUAAUGUUUUAUUAUUUCAAAGUAAGAAAAACAAUAUAAGCAAAAGAAAUUAACAAAGUAAAAAUCAAUAAAUAACACAUGCAUAUUGGACUGUAAACUAACCUGUUUAAUUGCAAGCUUAUAUAAAUUUGUUAAAUAUAGACCCAUUUAAACAUAGGUCUAUAAAAUUAGCAUGUUUAACUACAGUCAUAAGUGAACCUUACAGUAUAGCUCAAGUAAUGAGAACUAGUAAAUUAUAUGUAAGAUGAUCUUCGAAUCCUAACUCUUGAAAAUUUCCAUCCCCUUUCCCUCACCCCAAUCUCCCUCUCCCAGUGACGAAAAAUAACAACUACAAUCAUAAGUAAAGCAAUAUAAGUCCUAGGUUGAAUGCAUACAACAUGUAGGCAAAGAGCGAGAAAUGAAUCAAUUAAUAGCGAGAAAUGAAUCAAUAUAAGUCCUAAGGAAGGCUAAUAUUCAAACCAGACCUUAAACUAAUUGCAUGCAAGAAUAGGUUAAAACAAAGUUUUCUGAGCCUUAAUUGAUGUCAUAGUUUAAGUAAAUCUUGUUUAUUUCCUUUAAAUUUUGCUUUUGAAAGUUAAAGGAAAUAGGAUUUUACUUACCCAAAAUCUAAUGCCAUGAAGAGCAUGAAGAUUUGACAAAGGUUGCCAAUGGCGUGCAAACGAUGUACAACGAGAAUACAGGAAACCAAAGACUUGGAUCUUGCUAUGGAGGAAAAUAGAGUAAAAAAAAGGGGAGAAGAGCAUAAACCACAAACUAGCUAUGAAGGCAUAGAAUGAAAAGCCAAAGCGAAUUCUAACAUCAUAGAACGCAUAAGGGUUGCAAAUGACGCAUAAUGGCGACAAAACUCAAUCUUGAAAGUGCAAUAACUAGAUCUCAUCACAAUGCCAAAACAAUGAGAUGAGGUGUGUAGAGGAAGAGAUAUAAAAAGUCAUGCUAUCGAAUAAAAACGACAUAAAACACGGGAGAAUAAAAAUGCAUAUAUAAAAUUGGAAUGUGUGGUACAAGGAGAACAAUGGGCAUAGAAACAAUUAUAAUUAAAACCUAAUUUUAGCCAAUAAUUUUGAUCUGACAGUUAUUAUUAUACGUUUUCAUUCGACAUAUUUCUUACAAUCAUACUAAUCAUGAGAUUGAACUUUUAUUUUAUUUGUCAAGUAAGUAAUGUAAUUUUAAUAAAAAAAAAUAACUUUAAUUUCUUAACAAUUAUUAGUGAGACAAUGGUUAGCUACAUAACAUUUAACUUCAAAGUAAACAGUAAUUUAUGUACACCAUUGAAAAAAUUAUAUACCGAAUUAAUUCCUAACUUCUGAAGCUAAGUUUCGUAAUAAAUCGUAUCAUUAACACAAUUACACAUGUCAAAUACAUCACCAGCAAUGUCCUAUUACUAAUCAGGUUCGAAAGUGUAGAAUUGGAAUGUGUACCAAGCAUAUUCCACUUAAAUCAAGCAGUCAACUCAACAGAACCCAUCUUUAGUGGAACAACCAUUUCAAAGCUUAAGAAGCCAAAACCCCAAAACAUGAUGUGCAACAUUUCUUUCUUAUUUAACCAAAGCCUCAACCAAUUCGACAUGGAAUAAAUGGCAAAGCUCCAUCGUCCAAUGAUCACUGAUUGCUAAAAGGCUAAAAGCCAACAGAAGAUGAAGCAAUAACCAUGGAUGAGAAGGAAGCCAAUCCUGCAAUGGAAUCAUAUGUCUUCCCUCUUGUUAUCUCUGCUGCUGGCAUACUUUGCUCUACUCUAGUAAUAGCAGUAUACAAUUGCAUCCUCUUAAGGUACUUUGUUAUGCCUUCAAGACUGCAACGCAGGAACAACAGAAAUAGAAGCCAAAUGAAGAAUAGUGGGGUCCAUGAGGAAAUUCUUAACAAAAUCCCAGUUUUCUCUAUCUCACCUCAAACAAGUGGUGUUUUUCAUUUGGACCAUGAUGAAUGUUCCAUUUGCCUUGGACAAUUGGAAGAUGGGGAUCAAGUGCGAUUGUUACCAGCUUGUAACCAUGCUUUCCAUAGACCAUGCAUUGAUGCAUGGUUCAAGGACCAUGCCAAUUGCCCUAUUUGUCGCUCACCUAUCACUUGUGAUUGUGAACUAGCAAUGCCAAUAUCUCCACAAAAUGUUAGCACCCAACAAAGGGUCUCACUUGUGUCUAGGAAUAUUCCAAGUGAUCAUCAUCCAUUCAUUAAUGAUGAUGUGAAUGUGAGUGAUUCCACCUUAUCAGGAUUUCAACACCCAAGCCUUGUGUUGCUUCACUCUCUCUCUCUCUCAUCACACAUGCAGAGAAAGCCUCAAACUUUAUUCAUGGGUUUGAAAAGAUCCUUGUCUAUGGAUGAAUUAUCUUCAUAUAUUCUCACUACUAUACAAAGAGAUGAGGGAGAGGCUUCAACCUCUUCUUCUACCAAAGAGUUCAUGAUGAGUCAGUAUAACUAUAGAUCAAGAUCACUUAGACACGUUGAUCUCAUGUCUUCAAUGUCGAUGACGUCCUUCUCGCAAUUUCAGAAUAGUGGAAGUGGGAGAUACAGUGGAUUUCUCCCAAAUUGAGAUCAAGUGGGUGCUUCAAUCAUGUUGCGUUCAACGGUUUUACUCACAAUGAAUCAUGACCAACCGAAUAUGUCAAUGGUUCUUCUCUACAAACUAAUAAGUUAAAAAACAUAUUGCUCAUAAAAAAUAAUGCAAAUUAAA